CAGCCCGCACUCCUCUCAAGGGCGACAAUGAAAACUAUCUACCGUGUGACAGCUUCCUCCAAUAGUCUCUUCAAUCUGUUGCCUAUGUGACAUAAACACUCGUCAGCUAUUUAAAAUCAAAUCUCCACGAACUAACCAAUUUUAUAAUAAGGUAAUAAGAUAAUUUUGAACUCGCAAAAUUGAACUAGUGAACCCGUGUGCCAUCAAAAUCGAUCCCAACUCUACUAGUCACACUACUAGAGCUUCAAGUGACUCGAUUUUCGACUCAUUUUAUACAGUUUUGUGAACAGUGUAAAAACAUCUUCAUUGUCGGUGAGAAACACAUACGAUCUUGGUGAAUUGUGGAGAAUAUAAACUUUUUCAACAAAGUUUGAUAGGAGGACAAAGGAUUAUGGAUAAUUGAGUGAUUGAUUAGCUGCUUCCUGAAUGUCUCACAGUUUACUUCGUGGACUGCAUAUAGUUCAUCAUCAAAAACGUAUUAGUUUUGUGGAGGAAUCAGUCACUUGAGUAGCAUCCUGUGUGAAGUGUACUGUGAUUGUGGGACCUCUCUCUGCAAGUCGCUGCAUUUGCACUAGUGAUAUCCUAACUGUCCAGUGUGGCAUCCCGUCUUCAAAGUGGAUCACAAGCACAAAUAGCAUGAGGAUAACGAUUUAUAAGGUGUGGCUGCUGACAUGCCUCUGUCUAGUAUGCAGCGGUACAUCAGCUGUGGUGACAUCCGCAUCGAACUCAACGGAAUCCCUGAAGAUUGAACCACUGCCUCUGAGCACGGCCGAUUCAACAAAAGGAGACGAUGAUGCACAAACGAGUGACACAAACAACGUUCCAGUAAGGAGAGAUGCUCCAACUGGAUUGAGUGAUUCGUAUGGGGCACCCCUUCCUUCUGACUCAUAUGGUUUACCACACAAUUCAUAUGCACCCCCAGCAUCAUCAGCUGAUAAAUACAAUGGGCCAAAACCAGUAUAUGGGCCUCCAAAGCCCCCAUCAGACUCUUAUGGUCCACCAAUAGGCUCAAAUCAUGGUCCACCAAGUGAUUCCUAUGGACCACCACCGAAACCCUCAUAUGGACCACCAAAACCAUUAUACGGCCCUCCACCAAAACCUCAAUAUGGCCCUCCUCCUAAACCUCAAUAUGGUCCUCCUCCGAAACCAUCUUAUGGUCCUCCUCCGAAACCAUCUUAUGGUCCUCCAUCCAAAUCACAAUUUGGCCCUCCACCUAAACCACAAUAUGGUCCACCAAAACCAUCUUAUGGUCCUCCACCUUCUGACUCUUAUGGUCCUCCCCCAUCUGAUUCCUUUGGACCUCCACCCAAGAAGCCUUCAGACUCAUAUGGCCCACCAGAUUUAUUCAGACCACCUCCCAAGUCUCAUGGACCACCCUCAGACUCCUAUGGCCCACCAGAUAUAUUCAGACCACCUCCCAAGCCACAUGGACCACCCUCAGACUCCUAUGGCCCACCUAUCAAACCUUCAUAUGGAGUACCUAAGCCUUCAUAUGGACCACCACCAAAACCAUCAUAUGGUCCACCUCCAAAACCAUCCUAUGGACCACCAAAGCCAGAGUAUGGUCCACCAAAACCACCUUCUGGUCCACCACCCAAACUACAAUAUGGCCCACCUCCAAAACCGUCAUAUGGUCCUCCACCUAAACCAUCCUAUGGCCCACCACCUAAGCCAUCAUAUGGACCACCCAAGCCAUCCUAUGGACCCCCACCCAAACCAACAUAUGGACCACCAAAAUCAUCAUAUGGUCCACCAGACAGCUCUCCUCCACAAAGUCAAUAUGGACCACCCACUGCAGCAGCACUUUUCGAAUCCCCACCCAAACCGGAGUAUGGUCCACCAUUGAAAGCUCCUGAGCAAACAUAUGGACCUCCUCCAGACUCAUAUGGCCCGCCUCCACAUGCUCCAGCUCCCAGGCCUUCUUAUGGAACACCAGUGAUUGAUAGUCCUCGAGGUCCACCAGGAGUGCCAGCCCCCCCAACUCCACCAGAUAUCAAAUAUGAUGGAUGGCAACCCAUACCCAAUCCAUUUGGUGAAGGUCACCCAGCUGGACACUCGAGUGGGCAAGCACCAAGUAACAGCUAUGGUGUUCCAGACUCCAACUCAAAUCACCAUCAUAAUGAGCCAAGCUCAUCCUAUGGUGGCCCUCCACCACCAUUGCCUGACUCAUCCUAUGGUCCUCCAGAUGGUAACAACUUCCUAGGUGGACCUGAUUCAUCAAAGUGUUGUUCAACAAACUCUCAUAUUAGUGUUGGACAAUCUCAUGGCUCCACAUCAUUGAUUGGAGGAGAUGGUCAUGGUGAUUUGAAUGUUUUUGCCCAAGUAUCAUCCAAUUCUCUCAAUAGUGGAGGUCCAAGUAUCUCAUAUGGGCUUCCACCAUCCUCACCGCAGUCUGAGUUUGGUGUACCUCAAAGUGAUGCCUAUGCUGCACCAAUUGGAUCAAGUAUUCCAAGUGACAGCUUUGGACCACCUCCAGUUCAGAGUUCAUUCCAGAAUGUGCCAAGUGGUGAUUAUGGAGCUCCUCCCCAAACAGGUCCACCCAGUCAAUCAUAUGGAGCACCUCCUGAGGAGCCACCAAGUUCAUCAUAUGGAGUCCCUUCGUCAGGUCCAGGACCUUCUUUUUCAGGUCCACCAAGUGAAUCAUAUGGACCACCUUCACAAUCUGGUGGAUCAUUUGAAUCCAGCAGUGGACCAGGAUUAUCUGUUCCUCUUAGUGUUAGCUAUGGACCUCCUCCCAGUGGUAAUUAUGGGCUUCCUCCUAGUGAAAAUUAUGGACCACCACCAAGUGACAAUUAUGGGCCUCCACCUAGCAGCAAUAAUGGGCCUCCACCAAGUGGAUCAUAUUUUCCACCCUCAUCUAAAGGUCAAGCAACAUCUUUCAGCUCACAAAGCUCUGGAUCAUUAAGUGGCUCCUAUGGCCUACCUGAUAACAAUUUCUUAGGACCUCCUCCCCCACCCAGGAAAACUGUGCCAAGUCAUGGAAGACCACCAAAAAUGAAUGGUGUAUUUGGAUCAAGCAAGCCAAGCAGCUCUUAUGGACCUCCAAAGUUUUCAAAAAAACCUAGCUCUUCAUAUGGACCACCGAAAUCCCAGUAUGGACCACCACCAAGCAACUCUUAUGGUUCACCACUCUCAGCACCUUCAGAGGCAUAUGGAGCUCCACCCAGUGAUAUUAACAUUCCCAGUGGAUUAUAUGCUGAGCCACUUGGACCAGCAUCAAAUACAUAUCUACCCCCCCAGCAACAAGAAUUUGGAAGUUUUGGGGUACCAAUGGGUGGAUGCUGUGGAACACCUCCCCCAAAUAUUGCUUUGGAAGGUGGAGGACACUCAAAUGCACACUCAACAGCAGAGAAUAUUGAUCACGCAAUUGCAAAUCCAGCAUUGUCCUAUGGAGUUCCAUCUGGAAAGCAAAUUGAAGGUCCAAAUCUACAACCGAAAGAGCCAGUGAAGUUCAGAGAGCCAGUUCCAAAAGGACUGAUUGAGGCAAUCGCUCAAUCAGCUCAGUACCAUAAUGGAGGUGAUGGUAAACCCUUCCAAGGUCAAACAUAUAUUCCUCCAAGUGUUCCUGAAUUAGGUAAAGAAGGAAGUCAAAACUAUCACAGUGGAGGUGGUAAUCAUGGACAACAAGAUGCCUUACAAAUAACACAAUCCGUCCAGUAUGACCUUUCACCUCCUCUACAGACCACUGGAUCAUCUCCAGAUUAUGGAUUACCUCAAUCAUCACAUCCAAGUGGUCCAGGAUCGGGUACCAGUGGUCCAGCAGAUCUGUCGAAUACAUAUGGAGCACCAAGCCAGCAGUUUGUCAACUUUGCUCUACCUUCAGAUCAGAACAAUAAUUUGAAUUUUAAUAGUCACCAAAUCCAAAGCAAUGACCCAAGAAACGUGAAUCCAGUCAGCUAUCAGAAUACAAACUUCCUGGCAAAUGAUAACAAUCAUAUUGCACAGAAUAGUGAUGCACCUGAUGUUCAAUCAAUAGUCCAGUCUUUAGGUUUGGAAGGACAUUCAGUGCAAUCAUCUCAGCAGAUAGACCUGGGAGCAAUUCUGAAUAUUGAUCCUGGUCAAAGUUAUGGCAGGAUUCAGGGUGUUGAAAAUAUACCAGUGCAGGGGAAUUUGGGUCAAUAUACACUGCAGAUUCAGUCAGCUGGUGGUAAUGGAGAAGGAGGAGCGGUUCCACAUCAUCAGGUUCUGUCAAACGGAUUAUUGCAAGACAUUCUUGCAGCCAUUGAGCAGCAGUCCCCAUCGGAUAGUAAACAACAAUCAGCGGUAUAUGGUCACCAUGAGCCUUUGCAAGGUUCGGCAUCAUCAAACUUCGAAUAUCAGGUAGUGAAGAGUGCAGACAGUGAAACAGCAGCUAGUGCAACAGCUGAAUACAUUACAUCGCUGGGUAAGGACAGUUUAGAAUUGAAAAAAUUGAUUGAUCCAAAUCCAACUCAACUGCCUCCACCUGAGAGCAGUAGAAAUCAUCGCUAUGAAGCCGAGAAAGAUGGACCCAUGUUCGUCAAUAAGGGCAUAGCACUAUACUACAAUAGUGAACAUGGCAAGAAUGGACAGAAUUCCACGGAUAUCUCAGCUUUACAGAAAGAGAUCAAUAAUCUAGAAAUUAAAAGCAAAGACAAUAAUCAACAAUUGAGUGGUAGUUAUGUUAUGUUCAAAUCACAGGAUACUAAUUAUUUGUAUGGUGGUGUAUCCACAUCAACGAACUCUACUGCAUCUGAUACGCCAUCAUCUGUGAGAUGAACGACUGGGAAGACUGAAUUCUAUGAAUUGUGAAUUAUGUAAUCUUGAUCAUCUGAAAUGAUUCCAUGAGGGUGACAGAACAUUAUUACCCCAAUGAUGUUCAUGAACUUCAAAGGAACAAGAAAAUUGUUCUGGAAUUGGACUGAAGCUGAAUAGAUGUUGAAUCUCUAAUAUUUUGAUAUUCUCAUAACACUUGUAUGAAUAUAUUGAAUAUAUUCGAUAAACUGUUGAAUAUAUUGAAUUAAAAAUCCAUUGUAGCUGUAGUAGUAAACUAUUGAUCUUAAUAUUAAUUUAUUUCAAAUCUAAUAAUAUUAUAGUCAAUAGAGGAAUAAUCUCAACUCAAGCUUUAGGGGAAGAUAAUCUAUUAGGAACGCCAUCGAAAGAUUCUUAUGGUUUAGGAGUACCACGAAUAAGCUACAUAUUUUUGGGAUAUGUUACAGCGGAAUAAACUAUGGGUUAUUUGAUUGAAAAUUAUUAUUUGAAAAAGAAGUAAACAGGAUCGUCAGGCAAGAUUAGAGUUUGAUACAGGCCCAUCAACCAAGUCAUCCAAUAACCUUCCUCAUGGUAUAAAACUGAUGUAAAUUUUUAUAUGUAUUUAUAUUUUCAUUGUAUAUUAUUCCAUUAUUGUUGUAAAUAAUAUUUUUUGUAAAUUACC